AUGGCGUCCAAGGAACUGGAGAAGAAAAAAAUAUUACCUUCUAGAGGUAAAAGAGUGGACUAUAAAUUGUUAAAUGACGGAUUCGGAGAUGAAGACCAGGAAUCCUUCUGGACAGAGGAACACAUGGAAGAUAUUAAAUUGUUUUCCGAGGAAACUACACAAGCGACCUUGUUGCCAACUUCCGCUUCCGCUAAAAAUGUCAGUUUUCACGAGGAUGAUGAAUUUUCUGGGGAUACAGACUUGAAUAGUAAAAGUCGUCAGACUGAUUCUGGUAUCAUUCAGAUGAAGAAGGAGCUGAGCGCCUUACAACAAGAAGAACGGGUUCUUAAGGAACAGUUAUCCGAAGCAGACGUAUUGAGAAAACAAAUUGAACAGAAGAAAACAGGACAUUCAGACACUUGCAGUGAUGAAAGUUUGAAUAAGAUAUCAAAGAAUAUGAAGAAAAAGGUGUCUAAUUGUUUAAGUUCAUCAGAAGAUUCUGAUGUUGAUACUUUUCAUUAUUCGAAGAAUAAAAUUAGGUCUGGGGAAUUAGAAAUUAUUUCAUCCCCGUCUAUGCAAGCUUCUGAACGUAAGGCUAGACUUGAGUUAUUAAAGAAACUUAUUUAUCUUUGUUCUUCCUAUGACUUUGUAGUUGUUAAGAAUUUGUAUGCAGCUGUUUUAAGAGAGAUUGAACUAGGCCAUCUUAAAUGGGGAGAUUCAUAUCAAUAUGUUGAAUCGGCAAUUUUAUCUAGUAAUGUGAGUAAUGUUAACAAAACAUCAAUGUCUGAUGUUACUCGUGUUCAUGGUGACUUAAUAGUUACUAUGAAUUGGACCAAAACAAUUCAGUUUGGAGAACGUCUUUUACAGACUCCUCUAUUAAAGUUACCAGGCUCUUGUUUGUGUCCGGUUACUGCAUAUGAUAACAUGUUAAAGGUCAUUCCUGGGAAAUCUGCAGAUGCUUUAUUUCUUUUACCUAAUGAACAUGUAGCUCAUCCACCACUUCGAAAGUGUACAAUUGUCUCAGACUCCAUUGCCAAAAAUGUAUCAGUUUGUAAUUUGUAUCUAAUACAGGAUGAUUGGGACAAGUUCCAUUCAGAUGCAGGAGAUAGCGUUGUAGCUGUAGAUUUUACAGCAAGCUGGUGCGGUCCUUGUAAAAUGAUUGGCCCUAAAUUUGAGGCAAUGGAAAGUGAGUUUCCAAGCAUAAAAUUUGCUAAAGUAGAUGUGGAUGAGAAUGCGGAGGUCGCAGAAGAGCAGGGUAUUAGUGCUAUGCCAACAUUCAAGUUUUACAAGAAUAAGAAACAGGUUAAAGACUUGGUUGGAGCAAGUGAACCUAAGUUGAGGGAGAUAUUGCAAGAAUUAGCAUAAAAAUGAUCUUUAAAACAUUGCGACAUGUGUUGGUUAUGAGAAAAAUAACCAUUUAAACAAAUGUCUGAUUAAAAUGCAGUAAUUUCUUGUAUUUGGUUUUUAAUUUUCAUCAUGUACUUAUUUGCUUAAUGUAUACGUAUCAUUUUUAAUUCAAAUUUACAUAAAUAUCUAUUAAUUUUACAUUUCUGUGAAGUUUCUUCAAUAUGCACACUUUGUUAUAGUAUAAACAUUUAUAUAUCUAUGUUUAAAUAUGCGAACAUUUUGAUAGAAAAUUAUAUUAAAAUUAGGAUUGAAAAAAUGAGUAGUAUUUUUUGACCAAAGUUAAAAGUAAUAAAAAAUGUUUCAAUUAAUUAAUUAUGCUAUUCCAAACUGGCUUUAUCUCAUUUAAGGAAGGUUUUUGACUGGUACAGUACUACAUUAGCAUCAUUUGUUUCCAUGGGAUAUGGUUGAUUACGGGUUUUGUUAUUUUUUAUAAGAACCAUUCAGCUCUAUCAUGGUACAGUAAAAUGUUUGUGUCACAAAAAAGU